AUGUCUCAAAAUGAUCCUCUCGUUCUCGCUCAACGCGAGUGGGUGAAAAUCUUCAACGGCGGUGCCUACACUGGGAUGUUGAUGAUGGAACAGCUCAUCAAGGCGAGUGGAAAGACGCACAAGCAAUUCUUGGAAGACCCCAAGAAUUCCAUCAAGAAGGCCACGGAGACUCACCUCAACACGGCCAACCUCCAGCAACUAGGCCCCACCUGGAACACCUACUCGGGUCGCUGCACGUCGUUUGCCGUCAAGGCAAUCAACGAGCUGAACGCCCACAAGGGCGCGGGGGGUGCCGCCAUAUUCAACUUUGAAAUCUACGACCUCUCCCGGCACCGAGUCGCGAGGUGCAAAACCACGGGCAUCGUUAUCGAUUCCAGCUCCACCCUCCCUAACGGGGCGUUUGUCCUGCCCGAAGGAGAGUGGGCCAGGUUUCCAGAGACAGACGCAAGCUGGAAGUUCAAGAGCUCCGAGUCCAAGUUUGAGAGGCAGGGAAAUGUGGACGGCCAAAUCAAAAAGUCGUCGUCCCCCAUCACGUCCGCAGCGGCCAUGCUCGUCUGCCUGAAGGAGGUCGAAGAGUCGGCCUUCAAGUCGGUCCCCACCCUGUUCCGGUCCGUCCAGGAUGGCAUCCCAAUGUUCCACGGCAUCAUUGUGUGGUGCCCCAGGGAGCACGCCCUCGAGUUGGGAGCCAACGCCACCGACUGGAAAGACGAGAAGAAACUGACCAUCCAGUUUCCCAAGUAUUUAAAGGACACAAAGACCCCGGAUCCGGCCAUGGUGGGCACCCUGGACAGCUUGAGAGAAUGCCUGACGGACCUGAACGCAUUUAUCCGCGACUAUGGCGGGCCCCACGGCAAGGAGCAGUGGGCGAAUAUCGAAGAUCUCAACACGACCCUGAUUCAGAAUGCCCUCGAUCUCUGGGGCUUUCCCAAGCCGGUUCGGCUCGGCUCGUGA